CACUUUUGUAAUCUCUUAUUGAUUUGUUUUGAUUUUCCUACCAACUUUUUGUUAUUAUGUUAAAAAGUAGCAAUAUAAAUAGUGUUCUUAAUGAGCUUCCUGACAACACAUCAAGGGAUCAGAAGGCCCAAUCCCCCAACAAUGGAACCCCAAAGCGAGAAGCGGAGACCUGUUGCUCCUCCAAGGACCAGGAUGUUAUGGGCAGUAUAGCCGCUUUGCAAUUGUCCGCAGGGGUCCUCCAAAUAGCGGAGCCUCCCCUAGAACAUGUCCGAUCCCAGCUUAGGGAAUUGAUUGGAAGGCAGAACAAAAUUUACAUUGAUCUGUCCAAGGAGAAAUACAAACUGGACUGCAGCGAAGUGGCCAGACUGAAUGACAUGAUGAGCGAUGUAAAGCGGUACAAGGAAAAGCUAACAAAGAUCAAGAAGGAGAUGCAGGGCGUCUACCAGCGAACCAAAGAGCUGAAGAAACGCGCCGCUAACGUGGCCGCCUGCAAGCAGCGCGACUACCAGCGAAAACUAGAGAAGCAGCAGCACGAGGAGUCGCUCAUCGGAGGCCAGUAGGUAACCACCUACCAGGUGGGGCUCGGAUUUUACAAGCUCAACACCCCGUUAGAGCGCAUUUACAUUGGGAUUUCCGUUAACAACUAGCUAACAACUUAACACAGAUAACAGUCGAACAAAAGUUUAACCAUUUGGAUACAUAAUAAUAAUAAUAAUUGUAUAUGUUGUAAGCGCUGCCUAUCGUACGGCUGCGAUAAGUCGAGAAACAUAGUGUAUAGUGUGUAUAGUUAAGUAAAUACUUAAGAGAUUUCGCAGAAAAAGGAGCCACAUGCACUACGAUACACUUAGCUACAAAUAUUAUUUCUAAAUAUACAAAAUUGUUAUACAUUAA